CUGAAUGUAAAAAAUCUCGAUCCCCUAUUCGAGUAUGAUAAAAACGAUGAAAACUCAUACGAGUACCGUUUCUAUGCUCUGGUGUACACGGACAUUUACAAUGAUCAGGAUUACGUGAACCUGGUGUACAAGAGACUGUACACUCUGAUCGAGAAUCGCAACAUCUUUUACAGGUACCGAAUAAAUUCCAAAUUUAUACAGUGCAAUAAUUUCCUCAAAAACUCCAAAUACACAUGGCUGAACUAUUACAAACUGGACAACUUUACUUUCGUAUCCAAUGUGCCCAUCUUGGUGGAUUCCUUCUUGCAGAGAUUCUCGAAUAACAUUUACAUUUACAAUGAGCAGAACAACGUGAAUCGCUUCACUCGUAGAAUUGAAAAACCCUUUGACAAGUACUAUGCCAUGCCAGAUGGUAGCGUCGAGAUCGAAAACGGCCUCAUCAAAUACGAAACCAACGAUCCCAAUGAGUUUUAUUAUUUAAAAUUAAUUCGUCGCGCCUACCAGCCGCAGAGCAGACCCUACGAAUCCGAAAUGGUCACGUUGCUGGACACAUCAAAAAAUAUGGAUGCCAUCAUCAAGACGUUUCACAAGUUUAAAUUUUACAAUUUAAAAUUCUCUCCCACCGGCAUAAAGUCCAAGGAUAAAAUGGGCAAUGAAAUGUAUAUUGGUUUUAUCUUGUGA